AUGGACAGUAAUAAUUCAAAGCCAAUGCAGCGCGUGUUGGGUACCGUGGAGUCAACAUUGAAUGUGCUCGCUGACUCAGUGUUGCAGGAACAACCGCCACUGCGCAGACGUAAAUUGGAGCAUUUGAUCAAUGAAUUUGUUCAUAAGCGUACAGUAACACGACGCUUGACUGCCAAUGGUGUUACCAGUCCCAAAUCUUUCCAAUGGCUUUGUGAGAUGCGUUUCUACUUCGACCCACGUCAAACUGAGGUUCUCCAACAACUCACCAUUCACAUGGCCAACGCUCGUUUCUACUAUGGCUUCGAAUACCUAGGCGUACAGGAUCGCCUCGUACAGACACCUCUCACCGAUCGCUGCUAUUUGACUAUGACUCAAGCUCUGGAAUCACGUCUAGGAGGAUCGCCUUUCGGUCCAGCCGGUACUGGUAAAACUGAAUCCGUUAAAGCGCUCGGCAAUCAACUUGGUCGCUUUGUACUCGUCUUCAAUUGUGAUGAGACAUUCGAUUUUCAAGCAAUGGGCCGUAUCUUUGUUGGUUUGUGUCAAGUUGGCGCUUGGGGUUGCUUUGAUGAGUUCAAUCGUUUGGAGGAGCGUAUGUUGUCCGCCUGUUCACAACAAAUUCAAACAAUACAGGAAGCAUUGAAGUAUGAAAUGGAUAGCAAUAAGGAAAGCAUUACUGUUGAGUUGGUUGGAAAGCAGGUGCGCGUCUCGCCUGACAUGGCCAUUUUCAUUACCAUGAAUCCUGGUUAUGCUGGCCGCUCCAAUCUGCCUGAUAACUUGAAGAAACUCUUCCGUUCACUGGCUAUGACUACACCGGAUCGCCAGCUUAUCGCCGAGGUGAUGUUGUUCUCACAAGGUUUCCGCUCAGCCGAGAAGUUGGCCUGUAAGAUUGUACCAUUUUUCAAGCUUUGCGAUGAGCAGCUUUCGAAUCAAAGUCAUUAUGACUUCGGUUUGCGUGCGCUUAAAUCGGUAUUGAUAUCGGCUGGUAAUGUUAAACGUGAUCGCAUUAUGAAGAUCAAGGAAAGCUUGCGUCAGCGUGGUGAGGAGAAUAUUGAUGAAGCCUCGGUAGCUGAAAAUUUGCCUGAGCAAGAGAUUCUAAUUCAAUCGGUUUGUGAGACAAUGGUACCCAAGUUGGUGGCAGAGGAUAUACCACUGCUAUUCUCGUUGCUAAGCGACGUCUUCCCGAACGUUGGCUACACACGUGCUGAGAUGAAGGGUCUGAAAGAGGAAAUACGCAAAGUAUGCCAAGAAGAUUACCUGGUUUGUGGCGAGGGCGAUGAGCAGGGCGCUGCUUGGAUGGAAAAAAAUGCGCAAGGAUUCGGUGAAACGUGGGUGGAAAAAGUACUACAAUUAUACCAAAUCUCUAACCUCAAUCACGGUUUGAUGAUGGUCGGUCCAUCUGGUUCAGGCAAAUCGACUGCCUGGCGUACACUACUCAAAGCAUUGGAACGUUUCGAGGGUACUGAGGGAGUUGCACACGUCAUUGAUCCCAAAGCAAUUUCGAAGGAGGCACUCUAUGGUGUCAUGGAUCAGAAUACACGCGAGUGGACAGACGGAUUGUUCACGCAUGUACUCCGUAAAAUCAUCGACAACGUGCGUGGUGAAAUCAAUAAGCGCCAAUGGAUUAUUUUCGAUGGAGAUGUCGAUCCCGAAUGGGUAGAAAAUUUGAACUCUGUGUUGGACGACAACAAAUUACUGACACUGCCGAACGGUGAACGUCUAUCGCUGCCACCAAAUGUGCGCAUAAUGUUUGAGGUGCAAGAUUUGAAGUUUGCCACACUCGCUACAGUCUCGCGUUGUGGCAUGGUAUGGUUCUCCGAGGAUGUUUUGUCCACUGAGAUGAUAUUCGAGAAUUAUCUGUCACGAUUGCGUAGCAUACCACUGGAAGAUGGCGAUGAAGACUUUGUUGGCGCUGUCAAGCCUUCGUCCAACAAGGAUAAAGAAGAAGAGGUCUCUCCCUCAUUGCAAGUACAGCGCGAUAUCGCAUUGUUGUUGCAGCCAUACUUCUCGGCAGAUGGCAUUGUAGUGCGCAGUCUGGAGUAUGCCAUGGAACAAGAGCAUAUUAUGGACUUUACACGUUUGCGUGCGCUUAGCUCACUCUUCUCAAUGCUGAAUCAAGCUGCAAGAAAUGUGCUCCACUUUAACUCCCAACAUCCAGACUUCCCUUGCUCCAACGACCAAUUGGAGCAGUACAUACCCAAAGCACUUAUUUAUUCAGUACUCUGGUCCUUUGCUGGUGAUGCUAAGCUCAAAGUGCGCACUGAUUUGGGUGAUUUUGUACGCAGUGUUACUACCAUUCCACUGCCUGGCGCUGCCGGUGCCCCCAUCAUUGACUACGAAGUUAGCAUGAAUGGUGAAUGGGUGCCGUGGUCGAACAAGGUACCGGUUAUAGAGGUUGAGACGCACAAAGUCGCUUCACCAGAUAUUGUUGUGCCCACAUUGGACACUGUGCGUCAUGAAUCGCUGUUGUACACUUGGCUAGCGGAGCAUAAGCCAUUGGUAUUAUGUGGUCCGCCUGGCUCUGGCAAAACCAUGACACUCUUCUCAGCACUGCGCGCUUUACCCGAUAUGGAAGUGGUUGGUUUGAAUUUCUCAUCAGCCACAACACCGGAGCUUUUACUGAAAACUUUCGAUCACUACUGCGAAUAUCGUAAGACUCCUAACGGUGUUGUGCUUUCGCCAGUACAGAUUGGCAAAUGGUUGGUACUCUUCUGCGAUGAAAUCAAUUUACCCGACAUGGACACCUACGGUACUCAACGUGUGAUUUCAUUCUUGCGUCAACUUGUUGAACACAAAGGAUUCUAUCGCGCCAGUGAUCAAGCUUGGGUCUCCUUGGAGCGUAUACAAUUCGUGGGCGCUUGUAAUCCUCCCACAGAUCCAGGUCGUAAGCCCCUUUCGCAUCGUUUCCUACGUCAUGUGCCCAUCAUUUAUGUCGACUAUCCUGGUGAGACUUCGCUCAAACAAAUCUAUGGCACUUUCUCACGUGCAAUGCUACGUAUGAUGCCCUCAUUGCGAGGCUACGCUGAACCACUUACCAACGCUAUGGUUGAGUUUUAUUUGGUUUCGCAGGAUCGCUUCACACAGGACAUGCAGCCGCACUAUGUGUACUCGCCGCGUGAGAUGACACGCUGGGUACGCGGUAUUUGCGAGGCUAUACGUCCGCUUGAUUCGCUACCAGUGGAGGGUUUGGUGCGUUUGUGGGCGCAUGAGGCGCUACGCUUGUUCCAAGACAGGCUGGUUGAGGAAUCAGAACGCCGUUGGACCAAUGAAAAUAUCGAUAUUGUUGCACUCAAACACUUCCCUGGUAUCAAUCAAGAGGAGGCAUUGACACGCCCCAUUUUAUAUAGUAAUUGGUUGUCCAAGGACUACAUGCCGGUCAAUCGCGAAGAAUUGCGAGACUAUGUGCGUGCUCGCCUUAAAGUUUUCUACGAGGAGGAGCUCGAUGUGCCGCUCGUCUUGUUCGAUGAAGUUUUGGAGCAUGUUUUGCGUAUUGACCGUAUUUUCCGUCAGCCCCAGGGACAUCUGUUGCUGAUUGGUGUGUCUGGUGCAGGCAAAACUACACUUUCACGCUUCGUCGCCUGGAUGAAUGGUUUGUCCAUCUUCCAAAUUAAGGUGCACAACAAAUACACGAGCGAAGACUUUGAUGAAGAUUUACGUUGUGUGCUGAGACGUUCGGGCUGCAAGGAUGAGAAGAUAGCAUUCAUUUUAGACGAGUCGAAUGUUUUGGAUUCUGGUUUCUUGGAACGUAUGAACACGCUGCUGGCUAACGGUGAAGUUCCCGGUCUGUUCGAGGGCGACGAAUACACUACUUUGAUGACACAAUGUAAGGAAGGAGCACAGCGCGAGGGCCUGAUGUUGGACUCCAGCGAUGAGUUGUAUAAAUGGUUCACCCAACAGGUUAUGCGCAAUUUGCACGUCGUCUUCACCAUGAACCCAUCCACAGAUGGUCUAAAAGAUCGCGCUGCCACUUCACCUGCUCUUUUCAAUCGUUGCGUGCUCAACUGGUUCGGAGAUUGGUCCGAUUCCGCACUCUUCCAGGUUGGUAAAGAGUUCACUACACGCGUGGACUUGGAAAAGCAAGGCUGGUCUGCUCCCGACUUCUUCCCGUCUGUUUGUCCUUUGGUACCAGCACAACCCACUCACCGCGAUGCUGUUAUCAACAGCUGUGUGUACGUACACCAAACUCUACACCAAGCCAAUGCACGCCUCGCCAAGCGUGGUGGACGCACAAUGGCCGUUACACCACGCCACUAUUUGGACUUUAUUCAUCACUUUGUCAAAUUGUACAAUGAGAAACGUAGUGAUUUGGAAGAACAGCAGUUACAUUUGAAUGUUGGUCUCAAUAAGAUUGCGGAAACUGUUGAGCAAGUGGAGGAGAUGCAGAAGUCUUUGUCCGUAAAGAAACAGGAAUUGCAGGCGAAGAAUGAGGCGGCUAAUGCUAAGUUGAAGCAAAUGUUUAAGGAUCAACAAGAGGCGGAGAAGAAGAAAAUACAAUCUCAAGAGAUACAGAUACGUUUAGCCGAUCAGACGGUUAAGAUUGAAGAAAAACGAAAAUAUGUCAUGGCCGAUUUGGCACAAGUGGAACCGGCAGUUAUAGAGGCGCAACAAGCUGUAAGCGCCAUUAAAAAGAAACACUUGGCUGAGGUGCGUUCCAUGGCCAAUCCACCGGCUGUUGUUAAAUUAGCGCUGGAAUCAGUCUGUGAGCUGCUUAGCGAGACUGCCACCGAUUGGAAGGCGAUUCGUGGCAUACUUGUCAAAGAUAGUUUUAUACCGUCCAUUGUUAAUUUGAAAACUGAGCAUAUCACCGAUGAGGUGCGUGAAAAGAUGAAGAACAAAUAUCUGAGCAAUCCCGACUACAACUUCGAGAAGGUCAAUCGCGCCAGUAUGGCUUGUGGCCCUAUGGUUAAAUGGGCAAUUGCACAGAUCGAAUACGCUGACAUGUUGAAACGCGUGGAACCGCUACGCGAGGAAUUGCGUUCGCUCGAAGAACAGGCCGAUGUGAAUAAGCAGAGCGCAAAAGAGACUAAGGAUCUGGUUGAACAACUAGAGCGCAGUAUUGCCGCCUACAAGGAAGAAUAUGCACAGCUUAUCUCGCAGGCCCAGGCCAUCAAAACCGACCUGGAAAAUGUGCAAGCCAAGGUGGAUCGUUCCAUUGCGCUGCUGAAGAGCUUGAAUAUCGAACGCGAACGCUGGGAAUGCACUAGCGAGACAUUUAAGUCACAGAUGUCCACCAUUAUUGGUGACGUUUUGUUGUCGGCUGCAUUCAUUGCGUAUGGCGGCUACUUUGAUCAGCACUAUCGCUUGAAUCUUUUCACCACCUGGUGUCAACAUCUCCAAUCGGCCAACAUACAAUAUCGCGCCGAUAUGGCACGCACCGAAUAUCUUUCGAAUCCCGAUGAACGUUUACGCUGGCAAGCCAAUGCUUUGCCAACCGAUGAUCUUUGCACUGAGAAUGCCAUCAUGCUCAAACGUUUCAAUCGCUAUCCACUCAUUAUUGAUCCUUCAGGGCAAGCUACCACUUUCUUGCUCAACGAAUAUGCGGGCAAGAAAAUCACAAAGACCUCCUUCCUGGACGAUUCCUUCCGCAAGAAUUUGGAAUCAGCGCUACGUUUCGGUAAUCCGCUGCUCGUGCAAGAUGUUGAAAAUUACGAUCCAAUUUUGAAUCCUGUCCUCAAUCGCGAAUUGCGUCGCACUGGCGGUCGUGUGUUGAUCACACUUGGCGAUCAGGAUAUCGAUUUGUCGCCAUCGUUCGUAAUUUUCUUGUCCACACGUGAUCCUACCGUGGAAUUCCCGCCAGAUAUUUGUUCACGUGUUACUUUUGUUAACUUUACGGUCACACGUAGCUCUUUGCAGUCGCAGUGUUUGAAUCAAGUGUUGAAGGCUGAACGCCCGGAUAUCGAUGAGAAGCGUUCCGAUUUGCUGAAAUUGCAAGGUGAAUUCCGUUUGCGUUUGCGCCAACUCGAAAAGAGUUUACUGCAAGCAUUGAAUGAUGCAAAGGGCAAGAUUCUGGACGAUGAUUCGGUGAUCACUACGCUUGAGACGUUGAAGAAGGAAGCUUACGAUAUCAAUCAGAAGGUGGAUGAAACCGAUAAGGUUAUUGCAGAGAUUGAGACUGUCUCGCAGCAGUAUUUGCCAUUGUCGGUGGCUUGCAGCAACAUUUACUUCACCAUGGAUAGCUUAAACCAGGUGCACUUCCUCUACCAAUAUUCGUUGAAGAUGUUCUUGGACAUUUUCUCAACUGUGUUGUACAAUAACACAAAACUAGAUGGCAAAACCGAAUAUUCGGAGCGAUUGGGCAUCGUCACCAAAGAUCUGUUCCAGGUCUGCUAUGAGCGUGUCGCGCGUGGCAUGUUGCACAACGAUCGCCUCACUUUCGCUCUACUGAUGUGCAAAAUUCAUCUGAAGGGUACUUCGGAACAAAACUUGGACGCUGAAUUCAAUUUCUUCUUGCGCAGUCGCGAGGGUCUUCUUGCUUCGUCAACGCCAGUCGAUGGCCUCACAGCCGAGCAAAUAGAGAGUGUAAACCGUUUGCAGUCACGUCUGCCUAUCUUCCGCAAGUUAAUCGAAAAGCUUAAAUCAAUGCCCGAAAUCGGCGCUUGGCUGCAACAAAGCUCACCGGAGCAGUGUGUACCGCAGUUGUGGGAUGAAUCGAAGGCACUCACCUCGAUCGUCAGCUCUAUUCAUCAAUUGCUUUUGAUACAAGCUUUCCGCCCGGAUCGUGUCAUCGCCGCCGCUCAUAAGGUUGUCGACGCUGUGCUGGGUCUAGAUUUUAUGCCAAACGCGGAAAAGGAAUUGGACUUGGCUGCUGUUGUGGAGAAGCAGUUGAACUGCAACACACCCGCAUUGCUGUGCUCAGUGCCCGGCUUUGACGCCUCCGGACGUGUGGACGACUUGGCUGCCGAGCUGAACAAACAGAUCUCGAGCAUUGCCAUUGGUUCGGCCGAGGGCUUCAAUCAGGCCGAGCGCGCCAUCAACAUGGCCUGCAAGAGCGGUCGCUGGGUACUGCUGAAGAACGUUCACUUAGCGCCUCAAUGGUUGGUGCAAUUAGAGAAGAAACUACACUCGCUGCAGCCACAUUCGGGCUUCAGAUUGUUCCUCACCAUGGAGAUCAAUCCCAAGGUGCCGGUCAACUUGUUGCGCGCAGGCCGCAUUUUCGUUUUCGAACCGCCGCCAGGCAUUCGCGCCAACUUGUUGCGCACUUUCUCAACAGUGCCGGCGGCGCGCAUGAUGAAAACACCCAGUGAACGUGCGCGUCUCUACUUCUUACUGGCCUGGUUCCAUGCCAUUGUGCAGGAACGUCUGCGUUAUGUGCCCCUUGGCUGGGCGAAGAAGUACGAGUUCAAUGAGUCGGAUCUGCGCGUCGCGUGCGACACGCUGGACACCUGGAUCGAUACGACCGCAAUGGGUCGCACCAAUUUGCCGCCGGAGAAGGUGCCAUGGGACGCGUUGGUAACAUUGUUGUCGCAAUCCAUCUACGGCGGUAAAAUUGACAAUGACUUCGAUCAGCGUUUGCUGACUUCAUUCCUGAAAAAAUUAUUCACGGCGCGCAGCUUCGAAAGCGAUUUCGCGCUUGUGGCCAAUGUUGAUGGCGGUGCCGGCGGUCAGCGACACAUCACCAUGCCCGAUGGCACGCGACGCGAUCACUUCUUGAAGUGGAUUGAGAAUUUGUCCGACCGCCAGACGCCUUCCUGGCUCGGAUUGCCCAACAAUGCGGAGAAAGUGUUGCUAACGACACGCGGCACAGAUUUGGUGAGCAAGCUGUUAAAGAUGCAACAGCUGGAGGAUGAUGAUGAAUUGGCCUAUAGUGUGGAAGAACAUGCCGAGGCGGCUAAUGCUAAUGCAGCACGACAGGAAGAUGGGCGUCCAUCAUGGAUGAAAACCUUACAUAACUCGGCAACUGCUUGGUUAGAGCUUUUGCCCAAAAAUUUGCCUGUGCUUAAGCGUACUGUGGAGAAUAUCAAAGAUCCGCUGUACCGUUACUUUGAACGAGAGGUCACUUCAGGCGCUAAAUUGUUGACCACGGUCAUUUCCGAUCUGCAGGAUGUGGUAUUGAUUUGUCAAGGUGAAAAGAAGCAAACGAAUCACCAUCGUUCAAUGUUGUCAGAGCUGGUGCGUGGUAUUAUACCGAAGGGUUGGAAGCGUUACACCGUACCGGUGGGCUGCACUGUCAUACAGUGGAUUACCGAUUUUAGUAAUCGCGUGCAGCAGCUACAGAAGGUGUCGAAAUUAGUGUCGCAAGCAGGCGCCAAGGAGUUGCAGACAUUCCCUGUUUGGUUAGGCGGCUUAUUGAAUCCAGAGGCUUACAUCACUGCCACACGUCAAUGUGUAGCACAGGCCAACAGCUGGUCUUUGGAGGAAUUAGCCUUGGAAGUAACAAUCACCGAGUCGAGCGUGAAUCCAGAUCAGAAGGAUAGUAGUUUCGGUGUGGCUGGCUUGAAAUUACAAGGCGCACAAUGCAAGAACAACGAGCUGCUCUUAGCUUCCACUAUUAUGAUGGAUUUGCCACUCACCAUACUCAAAUGGGUCAAGGCUUCUACUGAGAUGCGAGUUAGCAAGCUUACCUUGCCGGUCUACUUGAACUCCACACGCACUGAGCUGUUGUUUACUGUGGAUUUGGCUGUAGCUGCUGGCCAAGAUCCACAUAGUUUCUAUGAGCGUGGGGUCGCUGUGCUCACUUCGACUGCGUUGAAUUGAAUUUGGUAGAGAAGAGCAAAAAAAAUAUUAUACCGUAAAUGGGCAUAAAUGUUAUAUACCAUUACAUAAAACCAAUUUUAUUCAAACUUAAAAUAUUUACUAUCACAAGUUUAUGCACUUACAAAGUGGUUUUUGCUUCAAUGUAACAGAGUUAAUCAAUCGUAUUCAAUAUUCAAAAUAUACAAUACUCAAGCAUUCAAUAAAAGUUAAUCAAUAUGCAUGGAAAUA